AUGGGCCUGAGCUCCUCCAAGGCACAGCCCAGGGUGACCAGGGUGGCCCCGGUGCCCACCCGGGGGGAUGUGCCCACCCUGGCUGCCCUGCAGGGGCUGCCCAGAGAGCCAGGCCAGCCCACACCCUGGGGAAAGCCCAUCUUCCACCUGGAACUUCCUCCUCUGCGGGAGACCUGGUACGGGAGAGCCUCUGCAGGGCCCCUCUCUUGGAACACCUUGCCAGGAAAGGAUGGGACCAGCAUCAUCAAGCAGCACCCACCUCGAAGGCCUCAGAGGCUUGAACCUGCCAUCCCUCCACAAGCAAUCACUCCUGGGAAGCCCUGGAGUCAGCCAGAAGUGGCUCCAAGCCCAAAACCAAAGGUGCUGGAGAAGAGGGGGCAAAGCCUGAAUCCCCUCCCUGGCAGGAGGCAGCACUUGCACAAGCUUCAGAUGCUGGACUUGACCCGCAAGCGACGAGAGGCGGAGCUGAAGAGUAAUCUCCACAGGGAGGUGAAAAUCAAUAAGCAAAACAUCAAGGAAUUCAGCCCCAGGGAUGUCCUUGACACUCCCCAGAGAGGUGACAGCACCAGAAGCCCAGACCCCAUCCCUGCUGAGCACAGUCAGUGUUUUCCUGAAGAUGACCCUGGAACCACGUGGGGUGGAGGCCUCUCCAGGCAGCCUGGCAGGGCUGAACUCUCUCCAGACAGGAGGGGGAAGGUUGACCUGUGGCUCUGCAGGGAGCCACGGACGAGGGAUGUGUUCUGGGACUCCUCCAGCACAGGGUCAGAGGAGUGGGAGAGGGAAGAGAAGAUUCACCACAAACCCACGCUCGUGAGGACCAAGACAGAGAGAGUUUCCCUCUUUGAUGACUUCUUUGACAGGGAUUUCUAG